UGGUCGACGCAGAUUCAGAAAUCAUCAGGCGAAGAAGGCCAAUAGCUCGGCGUCAUCAAUGUCUCUCGACAAGUUCCAAUCAGAAUUGAUUGAACAUGCAAUGGCAGUUGGCGCACUGAAAUUCGGCUCUUUCGUGCUAAAGUCUGGCCGAAACUCACCCUACUUCUUCAAUGCCGGUCUCCUCGCCGACGGGCCCGUGCUCGACACGCUCUGUUCCGCAUACGCCGCUACCAUCGCAUACGCCCUCAAAUCUACCCACGGCCUCCCCCAAUUUGACAUCCUCUUCGGCCCUGCAUACAAGGGCAUCCCCUUUGCUGCAUGCACGGCGCUGCUCCUGCACCGAGACCAUGGCAUCGACGUCGGCUUUGCAUACGAUCGCAAGGAGGCCAAGGACCACGGCGAGGGCGGCGUGAUGGUCGGCGCGCCGGUGAAGGGCAAGCGUGUCCUCGUCCUCGAUGACGUCGCGACCGCAGGCACAGCCAUCCGUGGCGCAAUUAACACGGUGACGAAGGAGGGCGGAGAGGUCGUGGGCGCUGUGUUGCUGCUGGAUAGACAGGAGGUGGGGAGGGAGGGGAAGAGUAUGAUCGAGGAGGUUGAGGGGAUUUUAGGUGGCAAGGGGAGCGUGCCGACGAUUCUGAAGAUGAGGCAUCUCAUGACUUGGCUGAAGCAGCAUGGUCGGACCGAUGAGCUUGCUAGCAUGCAGCAAUACUGGGACCAAUAUGGCGCCAAAGGAUCCGAAUGAGGUGAAUGUUAUUUAUUAGAUAUACGAUAAGAAGAAGGCACGUUCAGUGCACUGGUUUCACUGCUCAGAAUGUCCUCAAGCGAUGUCGUUGACGAACUCCGGCACUCUAAGAGGACGAUUGCAACUAAUCUUGAUCUCACUCGCUGUAGUAUAUGCUGGAAGUAGAUAGCAAUGAUGCUUUGUGUAUCCAUCUGGGUCCAUUGAAUUUGAUUGAGGC